GAGAGGGGAUGUUGGGAGGGGUGUUCCCGUACCAGCUCUUGUUCCCCGGCCUCAGAAGGGAACCCUGCCCCCUCUCCUCGGGAGCAGGGGAAUUUCCGGACGCCGGACCGGAACCGGAAAGUUCUCGAAGAGUGGAAGGGCGGGUCUAAAAAAAUCCAAAAAAAAAAGCGCGGCCCGAGCGCUCGGGGAACGACUGUCUUUGCCAUUCCCGUCACUCCUUCGCUUGUCGGUCCCUGCCCCCUCGCCUCCUUCCCGACCUCCGCCGAGGUCCAGGCCUCCAUGGACAUCACCGCCAACCUGAAGUCUUUGCUGCUGGCCAUCAGCCAGUACAAGGCAGUCAAGUCUGAGGCGAACACCAACCAGCUCCUGCGGCAUUUGGAGGUCGUUUCUGGACUGAAACUUACUCGAUGGUUUAUGUCAAACCAGAUAUUGCCAAGUGAAUGCCUGAACUGCCUUGUAGAGCUCCUUGAAGACCCAAAUUUAAGCACUUCACUAACUUUAAGCAUCGUCAGUCUGUUAUCUCAACUAGCUCUAGACAAUGAUACCAGAGAGUGGCUCCAGAACACUUAUAAUCUGAAUAGUGUCCUGGCAGGAGUGAUAUAUCGGAGCAGUACUGUCCCCAAUGACUCAGUAUCAUUGCAGUGCCUUCAACUUCUGCAGAAGCUGACCUACAAUGUCAAAGUUUUCCAUUUUGGUGCCAAUUUUGAUGAGCUAAUUACAUUCCUGAUAGGUCAUAUAAAACAUAGUCAGUGUCCUGAAGAUGAAUUAACAAUGUCUUGUCUAGGACUCUUGGCAAAUCUUUGUCGGCACAACCUAUCUGUUCAAACCCACAUAAAGUCCUUGAGUAAUGUGAAGGCAUUGUAUCGUAUUCUCAUAAGCUUCUUGGCCCACAGUAGUUUAACUGUGGUUGUGUUUGCACUCUCAAUAUUAUCAAGUCUAAUAUUAAAUGAAGAGGUUGGAGAAAAGCUAUUCCAUUCUCGAAACAUUCAUCAGACUUUUCAGUUAAUAUUUAAUAUUCUUGUAAAUGGUGAUGGUACGUUAACCAGAAAGUAUUCAGUUGAUCUACUUAUGGAUCUUCUCAAGAACCCUAAAAUUGCGGAUUGUCUCACCAGAUACGAGCACUUCAACUCAUGCCUUAAAAAAGUAUUAGGUCUUCUUCAUGGGAAGGACCCUGAUUCUUCUUCAAAGGUUUUAGAAUUACUUCUUGCCUUCUGUUCAGUGACACAACUACGCCAUGUCCUCAGUAAGGUGGUAUUUGAAUCACCUGCUUCCAGUAACACAAGACUGGGAAACCAUCCUAAAUCUUUAGAGCCAACAGUUGCUCUGCUACGUUGGUCAAGCCAGCCCUUGGAAGGAUCAGAAAACUGUUCUAUUCUAGCACUAAAAUUAUUCAAGGAAAUAUUUGAGGAUGUCAUAGAUUCUGCGAGCUGUUCCUCUACUGAUCGUUUUCUGGCCCUGCUGUUGCCCAGCAUUCUUGAUCAACUUCAGUUCACAGAACAGAAUCUUGAUGACCUACUAACAAGGAAAAAAUGUGAAAGAAUGGCUAAGGCCAUUGACAUUUUGCUGACUUUAUGUGGAGAUGAUACAUUAAAAAUGCAUGUUGCUAAACUAUUGACUACCCUCAGAUGUACAACUCUAAUAGAACAACAGUUUUCAUUUAGCAAGAUUGACAUUGAAUUUGGAACAAAGGUAGCAGAUUCUGAACUUUGCAAACUUGCUGCAGAUGUCAUUUUGAAAACUCUUGAUCUUAUGAGUAGACUUAAACAGUUGAUUCCUGGUAUGGAAGUGACUUUCUACAAAAUACUUCAGGAUCAACGUUUGGUUACUCCUUUAGCUUUUGCCUUAACAUCAGAGAACAGGGAACAAGUACAAUGUGGACUUGGAAUAUUAUUGGAAGCUGCACCACUACCAGAUUUCCCUGCCAUAGUCCUUGGUGAAAGUAUUGCAGCAAACAAUGCGUAUAGACAUCAGGAAACAGAGCAUAUGCCCAAAAGAAUCCAUGUACAGUCAGUAACUCCAACUCUUUCAGCAUCUCUAAAGGGCUCAGCUUCUCACCUUUCAAAUGAUAGCAUCCCUGGCUUAAACAUUCAAGAGCUAAUACAGAAACUUCAGACUGGAAUGGAGAUGAAGGAUCAGAUGUCUGAUGUGAGAGUAUCUGACAUAAUGGAUGUCUAUGAAAUGAAAUUGUCUACAUUAGCAUCCAAAGAAAGUAGGUUACAGGAUCUUUUGGAAGCAAAAACCUUAGCCCUUGCACAGGCUGAUAGACUGAUUACUCAGUACCGUUGUCAAAGAACCCAAGCUGAAUCAGAAGCAAGGACCCUUGCUUCUAUGUUGAGAGAAGUUGAGCAAAAAAAUGAAGAGCUUGGAGUGUUACUGAAAUCGCAGCAGGUUGAAUCAGAACGGGUCCAGAGUGAUAUUGAGCAUCUCUUUCAACAUAAUAGGAAGUUGCAAACUGUGGCUGAAGAACAUGAAGUGCUAAAAAAAUCCUAUAUGGAACUUAUUCAGAGGAGCGAAGCUUUUGAAAGGAAGAGUAAAGAUUUACAGGUCACGUGUGAUUCUCUAAACAAACAAAUUGAGACAGUGAAAAAAGUGAAUGAAUCACUCAAGCAGCAAAAUGACAAAACAAUUGCUCAGUUGAUGGAAACAGAAGAGCAGAGAAAAGAAAUACAGAAUCAGCUAGUAGAGAGAGAAUGUAUAAUUGCAAAUUUACAACAAAAAACAAAAGUACACGAGGACAAACUGAGAGUUCUGCAAAAAGAAAAAGAAGAUAGGGAAGAAACUAUUGAAAUUCUGAAAAAAGAAUUAAAUAGAACGGAGCAAGCAAGAAAAGAAUUAAGCAUUAAGGCUUCUUCCCUGGAGGUACAAAAGGCACAACUGGAAAGUCGUUUGGAAGAGAGAGAGACUCUGGUAAAGCAGCAGCAAGAGGAGUUAAACAAGCAUUCUCACAUGAUAGCGAUGAUCCACAGCUUAAGUGGUGGAAAAUUGAGUCCAGAGACAGUGAACCUCAGCCUCUAGAGCUCUGGCCAAUGGCUUGUGAUCUUACGGGGAUCCUCUGUUCUGUUUACAAAGAGACCAAAAAAUAAACUCCAAAUGUAUGUUGGUUUUGUGUUAUGAUUUUCAGUUACUUCUACACCUGAAGGCAGCAUCAACCAAGUCAAACAUUGGUUUUAACCAAAAACAGUUUUGUCCUGUAUGCGUCUUAAUGCUCAGACUUCAGUUUUAUAAAUAUUUUCUUAUCAGUAAUAUUUUUGAACGGUUAGCUGAGUAUAAUAUUUUUCUAAACUUUCCUCAUAUCUCUUUACUAAGAACUACAAACUCUUCCAUGUUUUUAGUGGUUACUUGAUGAAAACAUUUGCAAAAAAGAUUUCUAGAUUGGCAUGUCCCAAAUAGUUUGAAAAGUAUUUCCUGGCCAAAAAACAAAACAAGAAAAACCAAACCCCUCAAUAAUGACUUCCUUGUCAAUAUUUGAACUAAUAACAACACAACUCCUUUUUCCUUCUAGUAAUUUUGUCAGUGUGAAAGCAACUUCAUUUUAGUCUUUACAUCUUUUUCCAGUGUGAUGUUUCUCCCUUUGGCACUUCUGACCCCUUUCUUUUGGGAUGUGUGUAUCAGAGGUUAAGACUCUUUAGAGAAAUCUUAGUAGGGAAGAAUAAUGAUUCAGUUUAUGCUUUAUGGUUCUGUUUGCUUGACUGUUGUGAAGACUUUUGUAUUUUUAGAAAACAGGUUCUGUUUUGGUUAGAAGCCCUACUAAAUGAAAUAUGUCCUCUGAUUUUCCCUGGUCUUACUUUAGAUACCAGAGACCAAUUCUUCACGUACUCAGCUGCCAGUGUUUCUAAUCAGGGUUAAUGCCAUGUAUUACCCUUGAAAAUAAAUGUGUAAUUAUAAUAAUAAUUAGUUUGUUAAUUGUUCAUUUCUGUUGUAGAUAGCAGGUGGUAUUUAAGUUUUGGUUUUUUUUUUUUUAAAGAACAGACCAAAUCACAUACAACCCUAUUAGCAUUUUUGUUUAAUUCUUUCUUACCCCAGAGACACUAAAAUCUAAACUAAUUCUUAAUUUGAGGUGGUUAUAUGUAGGCCAAUAUAUUUUCAAGUCAGUAGGUAUAGCUCUUUUAGUUACAUUUUGAUGUCUUGGAACUCCAACUCCUAAUCAGAAAAUGCAGACACCUUAGACACAGAUGAAACAUGGCUGACCACAGUUUAUUUCAGGGAAGCCUUCUCAUUUCUUUGUGGUAAUUCUGAGGUUCUGUGAAAUAAUGUGAAAAGCAGUGGCUUACUUGGCAAACAGGGAUGCAUACCAGGAAAAGUUUCUUAGCCUAUUCAUUGACUAGAUUGUGAUGCUACGGCUGAAUUGCUGCAGAAAUCAUUUUGAAGCUUUAAGCAGGCAUCUAGUCCAUACAUGUCUUUAGGCUUUAUUCCUGCCAUUCUGUAGUUGGAAUUCCAGGAUAUAAAAGGCAUUGUAGAAGAGUUCCACAAUAUCAGAAUUUAAAAACCACUGAAGUGGAUCUCAGUCUUUCUCCAUUCUUAGUAGUUAGAGAGGUGCAGUAAUAGGGUUUUAUAGUUAUCAAGAUACUGAGGAGUCGCUACCAGGGAAUCACAGGUUCUUCACUUUUGGAAGUUUCUUUCAAAAAGUGGGUUGGGAUGCAAUUCAGUGAUAACAAGCCUCUAUUAUGACUUUCAGAUGUAUGUUUAUUUUGAUGGGCUGUAUGCUAUCAUAAAUAUCAAAUUCACUGCCUACAAACUGAAAUUUGCUUCCAUUGGGAAUGCCUUUUUGGUGCUCAAAUCAAUAGACUUAAUCAUAUCACUUCAAAAGAAUUUCAUUGUGUUUUGGCAAUAUUUGUAUGUCUCCAUUAAAUCUGUGAUUGAAAUUGUGUUUCCAUCAGGCAUUUUGUAGUAGUGGUGUUUAUAAAACUGCUGACUUGAAGGUAGAUGUUAAGUUUAUAGAUAAUAUGCCAGAUAAAUGGUGCUGAGAUGUUGAAGAGAAAAUUAAAUGUUUUAUAGAAAGAGAACAUUUCAGAAGUUCAUAUCAAGUUUAAUGUUCUCUUUUUAGGAAAAGUUUUAUAGAACAGAUUGGCUUGAUCUAGCUAUCUCAGUCACUGACUAGGAUUUUUCCCUUUCAAGAUACUUUUUACCCAACUGAAUAACAUCUAAUUCAUUCUACAUUAUUCCCUGGCCUCUUACUGAAAUGUUUUAUCUUAGCGAGAGAAGAAGAAGAGCAUGAUAAAGUUUCAUCCCCUCACUACUUUGUUUGAAUUUGAAAUAGCAAAAAUAUAACUUAGAAAAUUAGAGCUGUUGGGGGUUUUUUUUUUUUUUGGUCUCGCUGAGGUCACUGACUUUUAGCAUAGUGGCCAUCACACCAAUGCACAUACCAGAAUGUUUCCAUCUCUGUGAUUUAUCCAUGUGUAGUAGAUAAGUCUGUAGAUCCACGUAACUACUAACAUGUAGGUAAAACUUUUAGUUAAGACUUGAAAAUUAAAAAAAAAAAAUUUUAAAUCCACCCCACAACCAAAACUAGUAUUAAGAGUACAACUUUAGUUUCCUCUCUUGGGAUGCAUACUGGCUCAAUGAUUGGUAAAGUGGUCCUUUAACACCAAUUAAAAGGAAAAAUUGGGGGUGGUAUUUCCCUCCUUGCUCACCAUACCUAUAUGGAAAACUUCUGUACUAGCUCUGCAUAAUAAUAGCCUGUUUCAGUAAAGAGUAUCCUUUUUAAAUGUUUCAUCAGUUCAAAUAAAUUGUUUUUAUGCUUGUACUAAUAUUUAAUAAAAUAAUAUUCCUUUAUAUUUAAAUGUAGCUACAAAAUGACUUUUUAGAAUAGUAGACCUUAAUCAU